GCCACUCCUGGGGAAGCUGCGGAAAGCUGAGCUGAGCCGGGCGCUUUAGCCAGAGCCGGGAGCUGGAAGCCCGGCCGCUCCUUCCUCCCUUUCCCUGUCUCAGGACGGGAUUCAAGUUGCCCCCUUUCCCUCCCCUCGCCUCCUCUUUGGCUUUUGUCUUUCUUCCUUUCUUGGGGAUCCUCGCCCAGCCCUUAAAGUUCCCCGCCACCAGUUUAGGGCAAGUCAGCCAAGGGAGAAGAAGCCAUGCCAUGGUUGUCUUGUAACUGAGAGAUGCACUCUGUGGCUACUGAAAAAUUGGAUAUAUUAAUUGUCAUCUCCGUUACCUGAGGACUUCAGUAAAUUUCAUUUAUUUCUUCUGGACAAGCUCAAUCAAGUGUCUUCUGGUUUUAAGAAAUCAAUCUGAAAAGAACACUGUGAUAUAAAAUGUGUGGCUCCAGCAGUCAAUUGUGAAGAUCAGCAAAGUGAACCAUUUCCUCACUUUGCAUUUGAUGAUGUAAGUGACCUCUGACCAAUGGACAGCUGAACCAUGGACAGGAUAAAAAAACCUUUCUGGACUGUUUUGUUAAAUCAGUCCUUUCCUUCACCCAUGGAAGCCUGUUAACAGAUUACAGUAAGAAAAAAAGGAAGUGGAGACGGGAAGAAAGCACCUUGAAUUGGAAAGCGAUCCUACAAUGAGAAUUACGAGUACUUCUUGUAUCUGCCCAGUCCUAGUUUGUCUCUGUUUUGUGCAGAGGUGUUAUGGAACUGCACAUCAUGGCUCCAUCAAGGUGACCAGAAACCAAACCAAACAUAUAGAAGGGGAAACGGAAGUGCACCAUCGUCCCAAGCGUGGAUGGGUAUGGAACCAGUUCUUUGUUUUAGAAGAGCACAUGGGACCAGAUCCACAGUAUGUUGGAAAGCUACACUCCAAUUCGGACAAAGGUGAUGGAUCAGUCAAAUACAUCCUUACGGGUGAAGGGGCUGGGACUAUCUUUAUUAUUGAUGACACGACGGGGGACAUCCAUUCAACCAAAAGCCUAGACCGGGAAAAGAAGACACACUAUGUACUGCAUGCCCAGGCUAUUGAUAGACGGACAAACAAGCCUCUUGAGCCUGAAUCGGAAUUUAUUAUCAAAGUGCAAGAUAUCAACGACAAUGCCCCCAAAUUUACAGAUGGGCCCUACAUAGUUACCGUGCCAGAGAUGUCCGAUAUGGGUACCUCAGUCCUUCAGGUGACAGCUACAGAUGCAGAUGAUCCCACCUAUGGAAACAGUGCCCGGGUGGUAUACAGUAUUCUUCAGGGACAGCCAUAUUUCUCUGUUGACCCUAAAACAGGAGUCAUCAGGACAGCCUUGCAUAACAUGGACCGGGAAGCCAGGGAACAUUACUCGGUUGUCAUUCAAGCCAAAGAUAUGGCUGGACAGGUUGGAGGGCUGUCAGGAUCAACCACUGUAAACAUAACACUCACCGAUGUCAACGACAACCCUCCCAGGUUCCCUCAGAAACAUUAUCAGCUGUAUGUUCCUGAGUCAGCGCAAGUUGGUUCCGCAGUAGGCAAAAUCAAGGCCAAUGAUGCAGACACUGGGUCAAAUGCGGAUAUGAAAUAUUCAGUUAUAAAUGGAGAUGGCUCUGGAGUGUUUACAAUAUCAACUGACAAAGAAACACGGGAAGGAAUUAUUUCAUUGAAGAAGCCACUCAACUAUGAAAAAAAGAAAUCCUAUACUCUUAAUAUAGAAGGAGCAAAUACCCACCUCGAUUUCCGCUUCUCACACUUAGGACCUUUUAAAGAUGUAACUAUGUUGAAGAUCAUUGUUGGGGAUGUGGACGAGGCUCCAGUGUUCACUUUGCCAUCUUAUAUCAUGGACGUUCAUGAAAAUGCCAGGAUUGGAACUAUUGUGGGGACAGUAACAGCCCAGGAUCCAGACAGUGCUAACAACUUAGUAAGAUAUUUCAUUGAUCACAACACUGAAGAAGAUAGAUAUUUCACCGUUGAUGCAAAUACAGGAACCAUUAAAACUGCCAAGGUUUUUGACAGAGAAGAAACCCCUUGGUACAACAUCACAGUCACUGCUUCGGAAAUUGAAAGUCCUGGUCUCCUGAGCCAUGUCCCUGUUGGAAUUAAAAUUCUUGACGUCAAUGACAACCCUCCAGAGCUUGCCGAAGACUAUGAUGUAGUUGUCUGCGAAAAUGCAAAGCCUAACCAGGUUAUUCAGACGAUCAGUGCUACGGACAAGGAUGACUUUGCAAAUGGACAAAGAUUUUAUUUUUCCCUGGAUGACAGCUUUCCUUCAAAUCCCAACUUUACAUUAAAGGACAAUGGAGAUAACACAGCCAGCAUCCUGACCCGUCGAAGGAAAUUUAGCCGGACUACUCAGGACACGUAUUACCUCCCCAUUGUGAUAUCUGAUGGAGGCGUCCCCUCUCUCAGCAGUAGCGCCACCCUUGUAAUACGUGUGUGUGCGUGUGAAAGGGAUGGCCGUGUGCGGACCUGCCACGCGGAAGCCUUCCUCUCCUCUGCUGGAUUGAGUACAGGGGCCUUAAUUGCCAUUCUGCUGUGUGUCAUUAUUCUCUUGGCAAUAGUGGUCCUUUUCAUCACUCUAAGACGCAGCAAAAAGGAGCCUCUGAUCAUUUCAGAGGAGGAUGUACGGGAAAAUGUGGUCACCUAUGAUGAUGAGGGAGGAGGUGAGGAAGAUACUGAAGCUUUUGACAUCACAGCUUUGCGGAACCCAUCAGCUGCUGAAGAACUGAGGUAUCGAAGGGAUGUUCGGCCUGAAGUCAAGCCUACAGUCAAGCAUCCCACUUCAUCCAGCCUUGACAGUAUAAAUGUUCAUGAAUUUAUUAAACAAAGACUGGCGGAAGCAGACCUUGAUCCUAGUGUGCCCCCGUAUGAUUCUCUACAGACUUAUGCAUACGAAGGUCAAAGGUCAGAAGCCGGAUCUAUCAGCUCUUUGGAUUCAGCAACUACACAUUCUGACCAGGAUUAUAAUUACCUUGGCGACUGGGGACCAGAGUUUAAGAAGCUAGCCGAACUUUAUGGAGAAAUAGAAUCCGAAAGAACAACUUAACUUUCUUUUAUCAUUACCCUAAUAAGGAACAUUUUAGUUCCCUAAAUAACUUGGAAAUGAAAAGAGUGAUAUCAAAAGAAAUAUAUACAUAUAUCUAUGAUUACAGUACUCUGAACAACUGGAAAAAGCUGUACACAGUUACUGUAGAAACAAGUGCCCUUUUCACAUUUGAAAGUGGGUUCUUCAAUUGGAAGAAAGUCAAAUUUUGAAGAAAAAAAACCUGCUACAAAAUAAAAGAUUGUCCCUUUGUGUAUAUUUUUAAUUGUUCAAUAAAUUUCAUGGUAAGGUGUCAGGAAUGACACCUUAUGAUA